AUGGCUGUAUUCGCUCCAGAAACGCGGAACGGCGUUGACACCGUCGCCGUACAUGGCGUGCCGGCCGCCUCAUAUGUAAACGGCAACGGCAACCUAGCCACCCGUCUCAAGUUGGACCGCAAGCAGUCGAGCCCCAUGAUGCCUGCUUUCAUGGUCUCCGCGCCUGGCAAGGUCAUUGUCUUUGGAGAACACGCCGUGGUUCACGGCAAGGCCGCAAUCGCCGCUGCCAUUUCUCUGCGUUCAUACCUCCUCGUCACAUCCCUCUCCAAGUCGAGGAGAACGGUCUCGUUGCGCUUCCCGGACAUCGACCUGCAACACACAUGGAACAUUGACGACCUGCCCUGGGAGACCUUUCAACGUCCCGAUAAGAAGAAAUACUACUACGACCUCGUGACGGAACUUGAUCCGGAUCUAGUCGCAGCCAUCCAGCCACAUCUUGCAGAGGUAUCACCACACAAGUCGGAAGAAGUGCGCAAAGUGCACCAAAACUCUGCCUCUGCGUUUCUGUACAUCUUCCUCUCUCUGGGCCACCAAUCCUUCACCGGAUGUCUCUACACUCUGCGAUCAACGAUCCCCAUCGGCGCCGGCCUGGGCAGCAGCGCCUCCAUCGCCGUUUGUUUGGCGGCGGCCCUUCUCCUGCAGCUGCGCACGUUGUCGGGCCCACACCCGGAUCAACCCCCUGACGAGGCGCGGUUGCAAGUGGAGAGAAUUAACAGAUGGGCAUUUGUCUGCGAGAUGUGCAUACACGGAAAUCCUUCGGGCGUAGAUAACACCGUAUCAACGCAGGGCAAGGCUGUGGUUUUCCAACGGACAGAUUACAACAAGCCCCCUGCGGUGCGGCCUCUUUGGGACUUCCCUGAACUGCCCCUCCUUCUGGUCGACACGAAGCAGGCUAAGUCGACAGCCUUUGAAGUAGCCAAAGUCGGCACGCUCAAGAAGACACAUCCCCUGCUUGUGGGCAGCAUACUGGAUGCCAUCGACAAGGUGACCAUUGCCGCAGACACGCUUAUCGGCGGGGACAAGUUCGACAACGAGGAGUCGGAAAGUCUCCGCAAGGUGGGAGAGUUGAUGACCAUCAACCACGGUUUGCUAGUCUCCUUGGGAGUAUCGCACCCGCGUCUCGAGCGGGUACGAGAGUUGGUGGACCACGAGGGCAUUGGGUGGACAAAGCUGACCGGCGCUGGCGGCGGCGGUUGCUCCAUCACACUGCUCAAGCCCGACGUCGCCACGGAAAAGCUCGCACGGCUGGAGACCCAGCUAGAGGAUGAGGGCUACGAAAAAUUCGAGACUACGCUCGGCGGUGAUGGUGUUGGCGUGCUCUGGCCAGCCGUCCUCAAGAAUGGAAUGGACGAGGACAACGAUGGCGGCAUGGAAAUCGAUCAAGAGAGCUUCCUGAAUGCCGACGGCAACGUGGGCGUCGAGAAACUGGUCGGCGUUCAUGGGGGCGUAGGUGAGCGCGAGGGGUGGAAGUUCUGGAGAGUCGAGAGUCGAUGA